GGGGCUUACGACCACAGUUGACAAUUGCUGCUGACUCCUGGAAAAAUUAACUCCAAAUAUGUUUCCACUCGUGCGAGAGCUUGUCUGUGGAGAUAAAACGGAGCUCCUCGAACCUGGUUGGAAAAACCGCAGCAGCAUUCCACAUGUCACAAAGUGUGGUCAGCACACUGACUUCUCUACAAUACCCACAUUGUUUUUGGUAGUUUUUUCGUUCAUCGUCAUUUACCAACUUCUUCAUACCCGAACUGCUCAACUUCGAUGCUUUUCACCUAUAUCGUUUAGAAUUAUAUUGGGCUGCCUACUCGUUGUUGAUCUCAUAGCCACGGUUAUUUACGACUUGUAUCUUUACGUCUCUCAAUCGCCAAACUUUGAAGUUGUUCAUUUUUAUGGAGACCUUGUUCAAUUCGGAGGUAUUUGCCUAGCCCUGAUCCUUACAGUUGCUUGUAAAAACAAAGGGAUCAUCACGUCCGGAGUAAUUACUUUGUACUGGCUGCUGGUAGUUGUGUGUGGAAUUCCAGAGUUCAGAUUUUAUCUGAGUGGGUUUAUAUACAACGAGUAUGCUCUUGAAGGAAUUCGUGCUACGCUGUAUAUUAUCGCAUUCACUUUUUCGGCAUUGGAGUUGUUCCUGUGUUGUUUUGCAGAUGUACCAUCUGACAUGUACAAAAGUGAAAGCUCGUGUCCAGAAUACACAGCAUCCUUCAUCAACCGAUUGACAUUCCAAUGGUUCACUGGACUAGCAUACCUCGGAAACAAAAAAUCACUUGAAAAUGAGGAUCUUUGGGAUUUGAAUGAAAUCGACAAGGCUGAGAACCUCAUUCCCUCUUUCAUGCAAAACUUGAAGCCCCGCAUUGAUGAAUACCAUCAGAACAUUAAAAAGGAUCCAUCAGCGGCACUACCGAAAAAUCAUCCAUCAUUUGUGAUUCCAAUUUUCAAAACUUAUAAGUACACCCUGCUCGCCGGGUUUUUCUACAAACUGUGUUUUGAUAUGCUCCAGUUCCUUGCUCCUCAACUGUUAAAACAGCUUAUCGGUUUCAUUGAAGACAAAAAUCAGCCAGUUUGGAUCGGCUGCUCCAUUGUUGGUAUUAUGUUCUUCUCCUCAUUUUUGCAGUCAAUGUUUCUUCAUCAGUACUAUCACUCCAUGUUCCGUCUUGGAAUGCAUGUUCGCUCUGUUUUAACGAGUGCGGUCUACUCGAAAGCUUUGAAUUUGUCAAAUGAGGCAAGAAAGGGGAAAACCAUCGGAGCAAUUGUCAACUUGAUGUCGGUGGAUAUUCAAAAAAUUCAAGAUAUGGCACCAACUAUCAUGCUUUUCUGGUCAGCACCGCUGCAGAUCUUCCUAUCGAUUUACUUCCUUUGGAAAUUUCUUGGUGUUGCAGCCUUGGCUGGCCUUGUUGUACUGAUUCUUGCUCUCCCAGUCAACGGAUUGAUAGCAAUUCAAAUGCGAAAGUGCCAAACCGAACAAAUGAAAUUAAAAGAUGAACGGAUAAAAAUGAUGUCGGAGAUUCUGAAUGGAAUGAAAGUUUUGAAGUUGUACUCUUGGGAGAGGAGUAUGGAGAACAUGGUUCUGAAAAUUCGGGAGCGUGAAUUACACAUAUUAAAGAAGUUGUCUUAUUUCAUGGCUGCAAUCGUAUUUUCUUGGAUCUGUGCUCCAUUUCUAGCAUCUGUCAUCUCAUUUGUUGUUUACGUGUACUUGGAUCCAGAAAACAAUGUUCUCACGCCAGAAAUUACGUUUGUAGCCCUCUCGCUGUUUGACAUUCUGAGAAUGCCUUUGGCAAUGGUUGCAAUGGUCUAUGGAGAAGCUGUUCAAUGUUCCGUGAGUAAUACGCGUCUUAAAGAAUUUUUCGCCGCAGAGGAAAUGAGCCCUCAAACAUCAAUUUCACAUGGGGAGACUGACUCGGCUAUCGAAGUGGAAAAUGGAUUGUUCUCAUGGAGUUCGGAUGAGGAUCCGACUUUACGCGAGAUCUCAUUUAAAAUUCAGAAAGGUCAGCUUGUAGCUAUCGUUGGGAAAGUUGGAUCGGGAAAGUCCAGUUUGUUACAUGCACUUCUUGGGGAAAUGAACAAACUUUCCGGAAGUGUUCAAAUUAACGGAAACAUUGCCUAUGUGCCACAACAGGCUUGGAUUCAGAAUAUGAGUUUGAGAAACAAUAUUCUCUUCAACAAGCCAUAUGACUUGGAAAAUUACGAAGACGUCGUGAAGAACUGCGCGUUGAAGGAGGAUCUGGCUAAUCUACCAGCUGGCGAUAGAACUGAGAUUGGAGAAAAGGGAAUAAACUUGUCUGGCGGGCAAAAACAGAGAGUUUCUCUUGCAAGAGCAGUGUAUCAAAACCCUGAUAUUAUACUUCUUGAUGACCCUCUAUCUGCAGUGGAUUCACAUGUUGGAAAACACAUUUUCGAGAAUGUUAUCUCCUCCUCUACGGGUUGCCUGGCCUCCAAAACACGAGUACUUGUCACUCAUGGCUUGACAUACCUGAAACACUGCGAUCAAUUGAUUGUGCUAAAAGAAGGAACAAUCAGUGAAUUGGGAACUUACCAGGAGCUUUUGAACAACAGUGGAGCAUUUGCAGAGUUUUUGGAAGAAUUUUUGAUUGAAGAAUCAAAGACGAGAGGCAGAGUUGCAAGUAUUGGAGAUGGAUCUGGAGAGGUCGACGAAAUUCUCCGUGACCUUGGCCAAGUCAAGCCCGGAAUCCUCAAACGUCUGGAAUCCCAUUUGUCACAAGAAUCUGAUAAGGAAGAUACAUCAGCCAGAGCCAUAGAAUAUUCUCGUGAUAGCAGUAGAAGAUCGGUACUAUUACACAGUCCGAGAAGUCAACACGAAGAGAAUGAAGCAUUGCUCGGAGCCAUUUCGGAAGACGUCCCGGCUCAAGAAAACACGCAACUUAUUGAAAAGGAGACUGUGGAGACUGGAAAAGUGAAGUUUGAAGUGUAUAUCGCUUACUUCCAAGCUAUCAGUAUCCCUAUCACUCUUCUGUUUUUCUUCUUGUAUGUUGGAAGCAGUGGGCUCGGAAUUCUCAGCAACUUCUAUUUAGCCAAACUUUCCGAUCAUGCGAAAUCAGGAAAUAGAACUUCCUCAGAUGCAAAAAUGGAGUUAGGAAUUUAUGCUGUACUGGGAAUGGGCCAAUCAUUUGUGGUUUUAAUAGCCUCAAUUAUUUUGACUAUUGGAGUACUCAGAGCUAGCCGAAUUCUUCAUGCAGGACUUCUUGGAAAUAUUAUGAGAUCACCGAUGGCAUUCUUUGAUGUUACACCAAUUGGAAGAAUAUUGAAUCGAAUCGGAAAAGACAUUGAAGCAAUUGACCGAACUCUUCCAGAUGUAAUCCGUCACAUGAGUAUGACUAUUUUCAAUGUAGUCGCCACACUUGUAGUGAUUAUGUGGGCAACUCCGUGGGCUGGAAUAGCUUUUGCGAUUCUUUCAGUCAUUUAUUUUAUUGUGCUGAGAUUCUAUAUUAGCACCUCACGACAGCUGAAACGUCUGGAAUCUGCUUCAAGAUCGCCGAUCUACUCUCAUUUCCAGGAAUCUAUCCAAGGUGCAUCUUCAAUUCGUGCUUUUGGCGUUGUUGAUAAUUUCAUCAAACAAUCUCAACAACGUGUUGAUGAUCAUUUAAUUGCAUAUUAUCCCAGUAUCGUUGCUAAUCGAUGGCUAGCUGUUCGUCUGGAAAUGGUUGGUAAUCUGAUUGUUCUUUCUGCCGCCGGAGCUGCUGUUUACUUCCGUGAUUCUCCUGGACUCUCGGCUGGUUUAGUUGGAUUAUCAGUUUCUUAUGCUUUGAAUAUCACCCAAACUCUCAACUGGGCUGUCCGAAUGACUAGUGAACUUGAAACUAAUAUUGUAUCGGUGGAAAGAAUCAAGGAGUAUACAGUCACUCCGACGGAAGGAAACAAUUCGCGCCGCUUGGCAGCAAAAAGUUGGCCGGAAAAGGGAGAGAUUUCCAUAAAAAACUUCAGCGUUAGAUACCGCCCCGGACUCGACCUGGUUCUCCACGGAAUAUCAGCACAUAUUGCGCCAAGUGAGAAGGUCGGAAUUGUUGGAAGAACUGGGGCAGGAAAGAGUUCUCUUACCCUCGCACUUUUCCGUAUUAUUGAGGCUGAUGGAGGGAGUAUUGAAAUUGAUGGUAUUAACAUUGCCAAUCUUCAACUGGAGCAGUUGAGAAGUUGCUUAACGAUUGUGCCACAAGAUCCUGUGUUGUUCUCCGGAACAAUGAAAAUGAACUUAGAUCCAUUUUCUGCCUAUAGCGAUUCACAAGUGUGGGAAGCUUUAGAAAAUGCUCAUUUAAAGCCAUUUGUGAAAUCUUUACAAGACGGUCUCGAACACAAAAUUUCAGAAGGUGGUGAAAAUUUGAGUGUUGGCCAACGGCAGCUGAUAUGUUUGGCGCGCGCACUGCUCAGAAAAACAAAAGUACUGGUGCUUGAUGAGGCAGCCGCUGCGGUUGAUGUGGAGACGGAUAGUCUCAUUCAAAAAACAAUUCGUGAGCAGUUCAAGGAAUGUACUGUUCUAACAAUUGCACAUCGUCUGAACACUGUGAUGGACAGUGAUCGUCUUUUGGUACUGGACAAAGGACGCGUUGCGGAAUUCGAUUCACCAAAGAACCUUCUCGCAAACCCGGAUGGAAUUUUCUACUCAAUGGCAAAAGAUGCCAAUGUUGUUUAAUUGGUUGUAAUGUCUUGAUGACCUGCAUAAUCAUAUAUUUUUGAUAAUGAUCUUAAUUCCUUUUUCCCUGCAUUAUAAUAAUACGAAUAAAUUUGUUGGUUUCUUAAACUUACUUU